AUGACUGUCGACGUCGCUUCGGACGACCGUCUUGGUCUGCGACUGCCUAACCCGCCGCCGCUGCUGCACACCCGCUCCGGCAACGAUUCCUUGGACCGCCCCUCCACCCCCGCCCACACCCAGAAUGGCUUCACCAGUCCCACACAGACCCCUCAAGGCAGCCCCAGCAAGUCGAGGGCACCCCCCGGUGCCCUUGAUCUGCCCAAUGUCUUCGACAAGGCCAUGAAGCUCACGCCCACGUCUACUUCGAAAUCCACCCAUAACCACUUCAAUCAUCCCAUGUUUACCUCCGACAAGAGCGGCAUUGACGACUUUAACGAGAGCGUCAUUCACCAGCGGCCCUCCAGCCCGACGCGCGGGAGGGCAAAUAAAGAGAACACGCCUCCCGCGAGCACUCGCCUGCCCAAGGAUUUGGGCGCCAACCCGACCGCAGCAGCCAUCUCGCGCCAUGAACCGUAUCAGCAGCGCGAUUCCGACACGUCCACACGCCAGGUGCAGCUGCGCGGGCUGACACCCGAGGAGAUGGAGAAGCUACAACAGCCCCGCGUCAAGCGUCUGGUCAACGUGACCCAGCUAUACUUCCUCGAUCAUUACUUCGACCUCCUCAGCUACGUCCACAACCGCCAGACCCGGCACACUCAAUUCAAAUCUGCCUACCCCGAACCACCCGUGACCUCCAACGAAGAAUACGAGCCCGCUCUCCUGAAAUAUCUGGGCCGCGAACGCGCGCACCUGCGCAAGCGUCGCACGCGCCUGCGCCAACACGACUUCCAGAUUUUGACACAGGUCGGCCAGGGCGGUUAUGGACAGGUAUACCUGGCCCAGAAGAAGGACACGCGCGAGGUGUGCGCGCUGAAGGUUAUGAGUAAGCGGCUGCUGUUCAAGCUCGACGAGAUCCGGCACAUCCUCACCGAGCGCGACAUUCUGACCGCCGCCAAGAGCGAGUGGCUCGUCCGACUCCUCUAUGCCUUCCAGGACGAUGACCAGAUCUACCUGGCGAUGGAGUACGUGCCUGGUGGCGACUUCCGCACGCUGCUGAACAACACCGGCGUCCUGCACAACCGGCACGCGCGCUUCUACGUCGCUGAGAUGUUCAGCUGCAUCGACGCCCUACACGUCCUCGGGUAUAUCCACCGCGACCUCAAGCCGGAGAAUUUCCUCAUCGACUCCACGGGUCACGUCAAGCUGACUGAUUUCGGCCUGGCAGCCGGCAUGCUGAGCCCUGGCAAGAUCGAGUCGAUGCGCGUCAAGCUGGAGGAGGUCGGCAACACGUCUGUCCCCUUCGGCCGGCCCAUGGAACAGCGCACGAUGGCCGAGCGUCGUCAGGGCUACCGCACCCUGCGCGAUCGCGAGGUGAACUACGCUAAAUCGAUCGUGGGCUCGCCCGACUACAUGGCCCCGGAAGUUCUGAAGGGCGACGAAUACGAUUUCACCGUCGAUUAUUGGAGUCUGGGGUGCAUGCUCUUCGAGGCGCUGGCCGGGUAUCCGCCGUUCGCGGGUGCCACGGUCGACGAGACCUGGCAGAACCUCAAGCGCUGGCAGAAGGUGCUCCGCAAGCCGGUCUACGAGGAUCCUAACUACUUCCUGUCGCGGCGGACGUGGGAUCUGAUUACAAAGCUGGUUGCGGCCAAGGAGACUCGGUUCAAGAAUAUCCAGGAGAUCCAUGCGCAUGAUUACUUUGCGGAGGUGGACUUUGCCCGGCUGCGGGAGCAGCGCGCACCGUUUGUGCCGGAGCUUGACUCCGAGACGGAUGCGGGCUACUUUGAUGAUUUUAGCAAUGAGGCUGAUAUGGCCAAGUACAAGGAGGUGCAUGAUAAGCAGCGUGCCCUGGAGGAGAUGGCUGAGCGUGAUGAGAAGAUGAACAAGGGCUUGUUUGUUGGGUUUACCUUCCGACACCGCAAACCAGCCGUUGACAGCGGCGGACGCAGCUCGCCCCGCAAGCCAAUUGCCACAGAUGGCUCGUUUGGAACCAUGUUCUAG